AUGUCUUACAACGACAACAACGACUCCAGCUACGGCAGUGGCAACAACGACUCUUACGGGUCCUCCCGAAACAAUGGCAAUGAUAGCUCGUAUGGGUCGUCUCGCCGAGACAACAACGACUCAUACGGUUCCAGCCGUGACAAUGACAACAGCUACGGCUCCUCCAACACAUCUGGGUCCAAGAACAACAACGAUUCGUACGGCUCUAGCAACAACGACUCGUAUGGCUCCAGCAACAAAGAUAGCUACGGCUCAAGCAACAACGACAGCUAUGGCUCAAGCAACACUGGCCGAAACAACAACACCAGUUCGUAUGGAUCCAACGACAACAGUGACAGCUAUGGAUCCAGCAACAACCGCCAAGACAAUGAGAACUCGUACGGCUCAUCUAAGAACGAUGACAGCAGCUACGGUUCCUCCAACAACCGCAACAACGGCUCUAGCAACAACGAUUCUUACGGGUCCAGCAACUCUAACAGCUAUGGUUCGAACGACAACAGCUCCAACUCGUAUGGAUCGAAGGACAACGAUUCCUACGGGUCCAGUAACAACAACUCGUACGGUUCCAGCAACAAGGGAGAUAGCCUUACUGGCAAGGUGCUAGAGAAGGUUGGUUCAGCCUUUGGAAACGAAGGCUUGGAAGAGAGAGGCCGCGAGAAGCGCGGAGGCUCUGGUGGAUUUGGCAGCAACGACAACUACUAA